GUUUGUAUCGUGUGUGUCGAUGGUCGAUGGCGGUCAAAGUCAGUCCCAAGGUAUCCAAGGAGGUCAGCUCUCAGUGCGCACUGUACCGGUCUAAAGCGCUUUAGGCCGGUCGAGUUAACCGGCGGCUGGUCCCCCCCCAUCGCCAAGAGUUGUGACCUGAGUGCAACCAGAGAGCCCGUGCAGUGCGCCGCCGACCAUCGGUCCUACGGGUCCCACCUCGGCGUACCUCCCGUGGCCGUCGUGCGCUCCCUGUUGUGAUGUGUUCCGCUCGCCAAGUAUGAAAGGCAAACGCUUCCACCUCAUCGUUCGCCUCAAGUCGCUCUUCUGGCUCCCCAAGCCGUAACGGGCUACCCGUCGCUUCUCGCAAGCCCCUGGCCGCCGAGCCAUGUCAGCUAGGAGCCGCGCGCGAGCUCGCACAAGCCGCCGUCGCUCCUAGCGCCAACAUACCGGGCACGGGUGCACGCGUUGCCGGCCGGGAGAUGCCCGUGCAGGCCCCGCAGUGGACCGAGUUCCUGUCGUGCCCCGUCUGCUGCCGGGCGUUUGACGGGGCCGAGCGGCGGCCCACAUCCCUGGGCUGCGGCCACACGCUGUGCGGGCGCUGCCUGGGCCAGCUGCAGCGCCGCCUGUGCCCCUUCGACCAGGCGCCCAUCGGCCGGGCCCUGCCGGAGAACGGGGCCCUGCUCCAGCUGGUGGCCGUGGCCCCCUCGGGGCCCCUCCCGGUGGCCCCGCCCGGGGCUUUGGCACCCCCCACCGCAGCCCCGCCGGGCCUUGAGCCCCCGCAGCUGGCCGCCUUCCGGCUGGCCUCCCGCUGCAUCCAAGAGAUGGCGCUGCUGCUCAGGCCGGCUGCACAAGGGGGCUGCGGGGGCUGGCUGAGCCGUCCCCUGCAGCGCAAGCUGGUGACGCUGGUGCACUGCCAGCUGGCCGAACCGGAAGGUCGUCUGCGGGCGGUGCGGGCGGCCCGCUCCCUGGGCGAGCGCUGUGCCAUGGAGCUGCUGCUGCAGCACCAGAGCGGGCAGCAGCUGUCGGCCUCCCUAUGGGCGGCUGUGCGUGCCCGGGGCUGCCAGUUUCUCGGCCCCCACAUGCAGGAGGAGGUGCUGCGACUCGUGCUGUUGGCCCUCGAGGACGGCUCCCCGCUCUCGCGCAAGGUGCUGGUGCUGUUUGUGGUGCAGCGCCUGGCUCCGCACUUCCCCCAGGCCUCCAAGACCAGCAUUGGCCACGUGGUCCAGCUUCUCUACAGGGCCUCCUGCUUCAAGGUGUCUAAGCGUGAGGGGGACUCGUCGCUGAUGCAGCUCAAGGAGGAGUUCUGCACGUAUGAGGCGCUCCGCAGGGAGCAUGACGCCCAGAUCGUGCAGAUCGCCACUGAGGCGGGCCUGCGCAUUGCUCCCGAGCAGUGGUCCUCCCUGCUGUACGGGGACACCGCCCAUAAGUCACACAUGCAGUCCAUCAUCGACAAGUUGCAGAGCCCGCAGUCGUUUGGCCAGAGCGUCCAGGAGCUGGUGAUAGCGCUGCAGCGGACGGGGGACCCCGGCAGCCUGUCCCUGCUCAGGCCGCACCUCGAGCUGCUCUCCGCACUCGACCCCAGCCCAGAGGCGUCCUGGGAGGAGGUGGGCCACAGCGUGGAGGCGGCCCACGCCGUGGUGCACGGCCUGGUGGGCUUCCUGGGCUCCUUCGGGGGCCGGGGCGGCAAGCCCGGGCCGGACGCCCCGCCCCAGGGCAAGUACAAGACCAGCCUCUGCCGGGACCUGGCCCAGAGGGGCUCCUGUCCCCGGGGCGUGCACUGCACCUUCGCCCACUCCCAGGACGAGGUGGACAGGUACCGGGGGGCGAGAGGCAAGCGUGCCCACCGGCAGCCGGGGGUGGGCCCGCCCCGUACAACGUCCCCGGCCGGUCUGCACUCCCUACUCGGCCUGCCCCAUGUGGUUGAUCCGGCCGACGGAGAGGUGGUCUUUCCUGCUGACGGGACCGUCCCAGGUAGGGCCCUGAACCCGGAGAGUGCGGCGUUCCAUCCGCCGACCAAUGGGGAGCCCCCUCAGGCCCUGCAGGAGGCGAAGAAGAGGCAGCAGCAGAACCAGGACAUAGCGAGCCAGAGCCUGGCAGAGCUGCAGCAGCGCAAGCAAGAGAUCAUGGCCAAGCUGGGAGAGCCUCAAGAGCUGCAGAAGGUGCCGGCCUUCUCGCCCUGGACGUCUGCCGCCCUGUUCGAGCAUGCCGCUGCCGGGGCAUCCUCCCCUGCCCCGGUGGCCGUCACCCCUUUGGAAGUGAGCCCGGACACGAACAACGGAGAGGAGCCCUGCCAUCCGUGCCCCUCAGAGGAAGACCCCUUCGUGCCCUUCGACCCCCCGCUGGUGUCCAAGUACGGGCCUAUCUCCCGCUGCGCCCGGUCCCUGGUGCGGGGUCCCGCCCCGAUCCAGGUGACCUCCCAGCGGGGUGACCUGACGAGCCCCACGGCUGCCCUGCGCCACCCCCUGCCGUCGGCCUCGGCCGCACCCUCCCUCUACGCCCAGGGCUUUGCGCUCCCCCUGGCUCUGGUGCCGGCAGCCAUGGGCGAGCCCCUGCUGUCGCUGGUGGACCCCCCACUGGUGCUGAAGCCCGUGGCCCCCCUGUGCGGCCCCCCGGGCGGCUUCCUGGCUCCCCUGAGGCCCCUGCUGCCACAGGCCCUGGGAAGCCAGGGUGCCGAGAGUGGCGGACGUUUGCGGGAGCGCCUGCAACAAGAGCUGCGCCUGGUGCAGCAGAGCAUCGAGCACCGGGAGAAGAUUAUUGCCCAGUGCGAGGACGACCUGGGGGAGCUGGGGCUGUGCAAGCUGCAGCUGCAGCAGCGGCAGGAGCGGCCUCAGGUGCCCACCUCGGUGGGGCCCUGGAUGCUGGAGCAGCUGGAGCAGACGCCCCGGCAGCAGGAGGACAUAGAGCAGAUGGAGCAGCACUGGCUGCAAGAGCUCGAGAAGGACGAGCCCUGGGAACCCUGAGCAGACGAAGGUGGCUGCUCACGAGCAUCUGCUUGAAACGAACCGCUGCACUAACACGGAAGUUUGCUGACCGCAGACUUACCAUGGACCCACCACGGACUACAAUGAACCAUGGCGGGAUCGAGACGUUCAGCAAGGACCAUGUGCAAGCCUGCUUAGAUGACCCUCGGCUAUGUUGCUCCAGCUUGGAAUCCUGUCACCUUCCAACUCGUUCCCAGCUAGCUCCGCAUAGCAGCGUGUUUGAGAGCACUCGGUCUAGUUAUUUGGUUUUUUUCAAUGUUUCGAGUUCUCGCGGUGCUGUUUAUCUCGACAAUGUAAGGAAUGGAAGGGGCAUUGAUCUGAGCUGCAACAAUAACAACUCCGAGCUUCUAUCUAACACUUUCCGAGCUGAGACUCCCAUGGUAGUUUGAGCUUGGAUACUACCGUGUUGUCUUUGCACUGCGCGGUUGGCUUCGUGCCGAGCAAUAUUAGGUCAGGGCUCGUGUAAAUGCAUUGGGCGAAGAAUGGUUAGAAAUGUCUACGAAAAACCGACCUCAGCAUCCUACUAGGCUGAUUGAUUCGGCCGCUUUGUUACACUACUUAACGACAUGGCUGCAUCAGGAGCUUAGUGGAUAACCUAUACUAGUGUUGAUUGCGCCAUAUGACCAUUUAGAAGCAUUCUCGAGUCUGGCUUUAGCUGGCUCUGAGAAUCUUCACCUGUGCUAGAUAGCACUGCAUUUUGAACAUGACGACUGGGGGACAGUUGGAGGGCUGAUCCCUCCUCCCCCAUUACGUCAAAAGCUUACAGUUGGCACUACCGGGCUUAGCGUUUCACGACUGAGCAGACGCUUUCCAGCACCGCUUUAGCCAACGAGAAAGCCUUGCCGAUGACCUCUUCGCAUCUGGGAGAAAGCACUUUUGCCCCUUUGGGGAUGGAAUUACCUUGACUCAAAGGAGUUGCCAAGGGAUGUGCUAUGCAUAGCCAUUUCCGUGUUUGCAUUGAGGCGUAGUGUAUUCUACAAUGGACGAAAGGAGACAAACGAGAUAUUCUCGUAACAUUUGUUAUUUCCUUGCACGUCACCUAUUAUUAAUGGGCAGUGCUUCACUAUAUAGCUUUCUUUGUAAGUGUGCAGCCUUUGUUGCCUGUGGCAGCGUUGUACUAGUGUUUCGGUGAGGAACUGUUGUCUCGUGCAUAGGUUUUUGUGUGCAUUCUCGUACGCACUUUUCUCCGCUGGAUGGGGUUGGAACCUUGGGUCAGGGAAGAGAUGGCCUGCCUGCGGGGAGGCCAACUGGACUGUCUUUGCACUCCAGUAGAACUCUAGAGGUUUUGACACUUCUCAGUUAGGGUGCAUUUGAACGUAGUCCCUGAGAUAUAUUGGGCAUAAAUUGCACCUCAGCUCGUUUCUCUUGGUGAAACAAACUACUUGCAGCGGAAAGAUGUAAUUAAAACUUGGAUUUGGGCUAGUCUGUCUAUACUGGAAAAGGUUAAAAAGCGUGAACAGAACUAGGACAGUGAAGACACGAAGCACCUACCCUGUCGUCUUUGUGUCUUCACUUUCCUCGUUUUGUUUGUGCUUUUUAACCUUUUGCAUGGGAAGGUGGCAUUUCAGAAAAGGGCACAGUUGUGUGUUCCUUUUGCUUGGAAGAUGCUGACAUUAAAUUCCAGCAGGAAGGGAAGGGUGUACACAUCAGACCACUCGUCCCACUUGACCUGGCCUUGCGGGCUUUUCUUGUGGCAAGUUGUAGACAAACUAUUCUGGGGUAAUGCGUCAGUUGUAGUCAUGACGCAUUAAAAAAAUAUUGACUCUUUUGGCAUUUACCUUCUCGAGAGAAGUCGUCUCAAGGGGGUUCUGACAGGCGAAAACCAAAGUUUUCCUUAUAGGCUAAAUAAAUUCUUCAUCCAUUAAAAAAGAAUAAUUGUGACAGUGUGGUAGAAAACAAUGCAAUAUCUAUAUCGUAAGUGCCCUUUGAAUUUUGAACUCCCAUCGCCGAGAAUGACGGUUUCCGAGAAUUUCUUACAAAUGCUGAUUCUUAAAAAUCAUAGUUCUCAGCGGUGUGGGCAUCAUAAAUUGGCUCUUACAGCAUUGGUAUUCCGUUGUAAACACGGUGUUAUAGGGCCGUUUUCCGUAAGAUGAGCAUAAUGUUACUAAAGGGCGUUAUGAAAAACCAUGGCACUAAAUUUAGUAAGUCCGGCUGAUUAGUUAUCGCUAAUUAAUAAUGUAAUAAUUAUAAGGAAAGAAAUAUGUGUCCUUCACUGCACAUUUUUGUUAUCCCGAUUUUAUUCGUAGGAUUAAGAUACUUUUUUUUUAAUGUGUGUCUUAAUCUUUAUUGAGCCACUACAACAAAAAUGGAUUCCUGCCCGUCAUAUACUUUUUAAGCUUUUUUUGUCGCUGGUUCUCUUGGUACCCUUGCCACUUGGAUGCAAACAGUGCUUCAUUUUAUUUAUGAUGAACUGAAGCCAUCUAAGAAGCAAAGUACGUCGUUGAGGCUAUGAUCUGUAGGGCCGAAAAUGGCGGCGUUUUUAUGGCUGCAUCUCUGCAUAGCGUACAAUGUUACAGAGGGUAUAUUCCACGCGUGAUUUUGCCGUUGCCUUGAACAUCUUUCCGUUUUCUUUUGUAGUCCUCUUGUUCCCUUCUGGGCAGUAUCACAAUUUUAUAGGGCCUUUCCCUCUCCAGUUGUUAUCAAGAUGAUUAUCUGUGCCAGUCACCUGUGCUUCUAAACACAUAGUGUAGUUCUUACAGGCGAGGGUCGAUUUUACCGGCCAAUUUAAAAGUAGCUUCUGACCGUUGAUGACGGGCGUGAAACGCGAUUGCUUUUUGUGGUAUCUUAGCGUAACCGGCAUAUAAUGUAAAGCUAGGCUCCCGGUAAGUUUGUAUCUUUUUAUGAGGGGUGGGGUAUAGAUAGCUGACCUGUUAGUCAUGUGUGGAUUCAUCAUAGGCCAUCUGGUCACAUGGGACGGUUCGUUGGAGGUAAACUCCAUCAUUUGGUUCAAGUAAGACGCGUAUAGACCGUUCCAGUUACCACCUUCUGUGCGCUGCCAUCUCUGUUUGCUGGGCUGUAGAAUGCGUUCUGAUCAAGCGCAGUAGCGUCGUGUGCGGAAUAUCCCAGCCCAAUGGCUCAGCACCUUUGGCUGCAGUGGUAAACGCUGAAAAGGGGCAUAGGGACUUGCAACCAACAGGCCUCAUCUAUAUCUUAUAACUUUUUUUUUUUUUACUUUUUUGUAAUAUUUUUAUUUUCUCCCUACAGAAGCCAUAUGAUGUCGUUAGUGACCGCCUUCAUUUUGCGAUUGAGGUCGUUAUCAGAAGCUAAGCAGGAUCUCUUUUAUAAUUAUGUGACACCCAGCGUCCUGAGUAAGAGCAACUGAAAAAAAUCCCUGGACUGGUGCAAGACAACGAACCCAUCCGAAGGAUGGACUAAGGAAUGUUUCUAAAGGUACACGAGCAAUGUUGGACAAUGUCAAACGUCCACGGAAGCAUUUGGUAAUGAAAGCCAUACGGACAAGCAAAAUGUUUUGACAGGCAGUUGUGAAAAUAAUGUGGAUUUUUCUUGUUCUUUGGGAUUCUUUUUCUCAGCAUUUUGGGCGUCUUUCGUCUGGCCUUUGUUUUCACAUACUUUUAAUGAGCGUAAGCUUUUUGACUGGACAUGCUUAAUGUAUUUUUUCACUUUUUUUUUGUUUUGUGCAACUUAGACUGUUAAGGCCCGUUCACACUCUUGCGACUGCUUGCGACCUC